UGGCUUACAGUAAUACAAAAGUAUUCCCCCCAAAUUCCCAAAUCCAGUGACGGUCAAUUUCCUAGCUAUCGACCCACCAGGAAAAACUGUGCCAACCCCUGCUUGCCCGCCCUGGAUUAAACCCAGCAGGGCAAAACCUAGAUUAUAGCCAAGCUAAAAACCACAGGUAGGGACAGAGGGCUUGCUGUGUAGAGCCAAGAGAGAGGGCUGCAUUUGAAUUGAAAACAUAUUUAUUUGGCUGGGAGAUUUGGGGAAAACCUGCCUUCUUUUGGGUGGGGCUCCUGAUCCAUCCCGCCAGGGCUCGAAAGCUGGGCCUGUCGAAACCUCAGACCAGUCUUGAGUGACUAUAUUUUGCACCUUCGAUUGCACCCAAAGAGUUGAGUUAUAAACGUAUGUUAAUUUUAUUUUAACUUUGAAUUUUAUUUUAUCCUAGGUGGCUAUGACUUUAAGAUAGACUAUAUGUACUUUUAUAGAGCAUCAGACUUGUACUGGUCCAAGACGGCAAUAAACUCUGAUUGAUCGAUCGACCAAUCUUGACAGCGUCAGCUCUGGGACAGCUGCAGGCGGCCCUACAGAUGGGCUCACGGACUGGACCAGGAACAGCAAUUCUGCUGCCAAAAUUUCGGAAGUCCUGGGCAAGAGGAUAGAAAUAGAGGCCCUGACGUGCCCGUUUUUGGGAUCCCCCAGUUCCUGGGGCUCUUUCUCUGUCCAUCCCCAUCUCUCCGUUGUUUCUCUGCCUCCCCCCAACACCCUGGCACUUUUUGGUUCAACUGUUCAUGAAUGGGUACGCUGCAGAGCAGAUCGAGCAGAACCGGGUGGGAUAGCAAAGACCUAGACCACUGUUUCUCAACCUCUGCCACUUUAAGAUGUGUGGACUUCAGCUCCCCUCUUCCAAGCAGGAGAUUAACCAUGGUUUACUGAUGCCCGUGGUUCUGCACCUCUGGGCAACAAUGGCCAGAAGUGAAGGAUGUGCAGCCCGAUGAAAAUGACAGGGAAUUAAACAGCUUUUCCUUUCAGCACUUCUGGAAAUGGGGGUGGGCAGGGUGGCAGAGUAAAGUGAAAGAGAGCUGGCUUUUUCCCCUGGCAGGUAGUCAGGACCCCUGGACUUUGCCAGAGGCUGGACAUGACAGCCACAGAGGGAAGACAAAAUCGUGGCACACACGUGACUGUCUUCCCAUUCCCUGCCACAGAUGUUGACUAAGACACAGCCUUUUGUCAUGGAGACCCUGUACCCCCAAAUGAAGCGUGAAGUCUUUCCAGUAGGAGCCCCAAAGUCAAUCUGUCCCCCCCAAUGACGACCUGCUUCAAGAAGGACUAAUGUCAGCCAACCUUACAUCGACGACAGCUCUGUCUGAGUAGGAAACCAUGUCCUGCAGUUGCCGGUUCUACCAAGCUCUUGGAAAAGAAGGACUUCCCGGAGAACCGGAGGGGGCCCACCCCGUGUGGGAGCCCCAGGUCCAGCAGAUGGACCUCUCUGGAGAAGAACGCUCUUCCUCCCUUUGGAAGGCUUGACGCUGGUAGAGCCGAUGGACACCACACUCUGGGGCCAAGGGAGGUCCAACAGCACGGAGGAGAUCUUCAGCCCAGGUGAGGUCCCCCACGGCAGUUUCCAGCUGCCCACGUUCUCCACCGCAGCCAAAAUCCGAGUGGCCGUCACCGUGGCCCUCUUCCUCUGCUCCACCGGCACCAACGUGGCCAUGCUCCGGAGCGUCACCCAGAAGUUUCAGCACAAGCCUCACCUCCGCAUCCUUCUCGUGAACCUGGCGGCGGCCGACCUGCUGGUCACCUUUGUGGUAAUGCCGCUGGACGCCGUGUGGAACGUCACGGUUCAGUGGUACGCCGGGGACCUGGCGUGCCGGCUGCUUAUGUUCCUCAAGCUGGUGGCCAUGUACGCCUGCUCCUUCGUGACGGUGGUGAUCAGCCUGGACCGCUGGGCUGCCGUUCUGCACCCGCUGAGGGUCAGCAGAGCCAAGCGGAAAAGCAAGGCGAUGUUGGGCGUGGCGUGGGCCCUCAGCUUCAUCCUAGCAAUACCCCAGAUGUUUGUCUUCCACACUGUCAGCCGGUCGCAGCCCAUCCAUUUCGUCCAGUGUGCCACUGUGGGGAGCUUUGAGGCGCACUGGCAGGAAGCCUGUUAUAACCUGUUGACUUUUUCUUGCCUCUUCCUGCUGCCGCUGCUGGUCAUGGUGCUCUGUUACGCCUGCAUCUUCGCGGAGAUUUCCAGAAAGAUGGCGCGAGCCAACGCAUCCCCCAAGUCCAAGGAGGUCCCCCUGCGCUGCUCUCGCAACAAUAUCCCCCAAAUCCGGGUCCGUACCUUGAAGAUGUCGGCCAUCACUGUCCUCACCUUUGUGGCCUGCUGGACGCCCUACUACAUGCUGGGCCUGUGGUACUGGUUCUCCCCAGAGAUGCUGACCCGGGAGCAGGUGCCCCCCUCCCUCAGCCACAUCUUCUUCCUCUUCGGCCUCUUCAGCACCUGCCUCGACCCACUGGUCUACUGCUUCUGCUCGGCGCGCUUCCGGUCCGGCAGCAGACAGCCGAAGAAGGGGCCGCCUUCUCUCCCCAUGGCCUCCUUCCAGGCGUCCAUCGUGAGCUCCUGUCCCGUGGCAGAGCUGGGAGGCGACUGAGCGGGUAAACCAGAACGUUCCAGGGGCCAAAAGCGGGCAUCAGAGAGCGUUUGAACUGGAGGGCGAACCGUCCCGCAGAGUCCAGCUCGGGUGCGUUUCUGCAAGGGCCAGGCAAAGGAGGAAAAAAAUCCAAAUUGUGGAUUCCAUUUCUGAAUCGGAAGCCCAUCGGAAAACAGACCUCACUCCAGGGU